UCGAUCGGGACUCGGCCACCGGCUGCCCGGGCUCCCUCCUCGGGCCUCGCCCAUUCAAGCCGCGGCAGCAUCCCGGCAGUGAGUUUGGGGGUAAAAGAGGAACCCGAGGCUCCUUUGCUUCAACCCCAAAUCCUGCCCCACCCGCAGCCAAGGCUUUUGCUAGGGCAUCUCUGCAGUCUGGGUUUGAGGGAGGAGGAGCGAAGGAUGGGGCAGUCUUCUCACAGCCAACUGGGAAAAGGCUGGGAGGCGCCGGGGAGUGCCUGGCAGCUCGGAUUGCCGCCAGGUUGGGGAAACGGGGUGGAAGUGGCUUGGACCCAGUGAGAGAGGCACAGUUGGGGCCCCGAGCGGCUACAGGCAGUAACGCAGCCCCUGGCCCUCCCCAGCCCGGGGGUCCGCCCUCUACCCCCGAGGCCACACAGCCCAGGGCAGGGGGGACCAUGGCCCGCCUCUUCAGUCCCCGGCCGCCCCCCAGCGAAGACCUCUUCUAUGAGACCUACUACAGCCUGAGCCAGCAGUACCCACUGCUGCUUCUGCUGCUGGUGAUCGUGCUCUGCGCGCUCCUGGCGAUGCUAGCUGUCGCCUCCGCCAGCGGCAGGGAUCUAGCUUCAGACCGGGGCUUCCUGACCACUGUGCUGUGCGCGUUGGGUGGCUUCUCGCUGCUCCUGGGCCUGGCUUCCCGCGAGCAACGACUGCAGCGCUGGACACGCCCCCUGUCGGUCCUGGUGUGGGCCGCGCUACUCGGGCUAGGCCACGGCUUCCAGUUCACUGGGGGCCUGGUGAGCGCCUGGGACCAGGUGUCCUUUUUCCUCUUCAUCAUCUUCACCGUGUACGCCAUGUUGCCCUUGGGCAUGCGGGAUGCCGCCGCUGCGGGUCUUGCCUCAUCACUCUCCCACCUGCUGGUCCUUGGGCUGUACCUGGGGCCUCAGCCGGACUCCCGGCCAGCGCUGCUGCCGCAGCUGGCAGCAAACGCCGUGUUGUUCCUGUGCGGGAACGUGGCGGGGGCGUACCACAAGGCGCUGAUGGAGCGCGCGCUGCGCGCCACGUUCCGGGAGGCUCUUCGCUCCCUGCACUCGCGCCGCCGGCUGGACACCGAGAAGAAGCACCAGGAACACCUUCUCUUGUCCAUCCUUCCUGCCUACUUGGCCCGAGAGAUGAAGGCAGAGAUCAUGGCACGGCUGCAGGCUGGACAGGGGUCACGGCCAGAGAGCACCAACAACUUCCACAGCCUCUAUGUCAAGAGGCACCAGGGAGUCAGCGUGCUGUAUGCUGACAUCGUGGGCUUCACGAGGCUGGCCAGUGAGUGCUCCCCUAAGGAGUUGGUGCUCAUGCUCAACGAGCUCUUUGGCAAGUUCGACCAGAUUGCCAAGGAGCAUGAAUGCAUGCGGAUCAAGAUCCUGGGAGACUGUUACUACUGUGUCUCUGGGCUUCCGCUCUCCCUGCCAGACCACGCCAUCAACUGUGUGCGCAUGGGGCUGGACAUGUGCCGGGCCAUCAGGAAACUCCGGGCAGCCACUGGUGUGGACAUCAACAUGCGUGUGGGUGUGCAUUCGGGCAGUGUGCUCUGCGGGGUCAUCGGCCUACAGAAGUGGCAGUAUGAUGUCUGGUCCCAUGAUGUCACACUGGCCAACCACAUGGAGGCGGGCGGCGUGCCAGGACGAGUACAUAUUACAGGGGCUACCCUGGCCCUGCUGGCAGGGGCUUAUGCUGUGGAGGAUGCAUCCAUGGAACACCGGGACCCAUACCUUCGGGAGCUAGGGGAGCCCACCUACCUAGUCAUCGAUCCCCGGGCUGAGGAGGAGGAUGAGAAGGGCACUGCGGGAGGGCUGCUGUCCUCUCUCGAGGGUCCCAAGAUGCGGCCGUCGCUGCUGAUGACCCGCUACCUGGAGUCCUGGGGCGCAGCCAAGCCUUUUGCCCACCUGAGCCACCUAGAGAGCCCUGUGUCCACCUCCACCCCUCUCCCGCUCAGCCUGACCACAAAGGAGUCAGAAUGUUCAGCGUCAUCACUUCAGUUUAAACCAACGAGGAUUUUUUGGCGUGCUGGGGGGAUGGGCAAGUCCCCGUUUUUGGGAUUUGUUCAGUCCUUAGGGAAGAUGACCACCCCUCAAGCCUACAGAGUUGUCUCAUAAGUGGUAUAAAACUGAGGAAAUAAGAGCAUAAGGACCCCUGGGUGUCUGAAGAGUCCGGAAGAACUUUUAAGGCAUAAAUGUGGUUUGACCCUUCCCUUAAGGACAGGUGGGAUUUGAUGGAAAGAGGAAGCCAUCAGAGGCAGGGGAAACACAUCAGAUGCUCACAGCCAAGGACGUGUAUAGACAUGGAAUGCCUCACUGCAGAGAGGCUUCAAGGAUGCUCAGCAUUGGGGCACCUGGGUGGCUCAGUUGGUUAAGCGAC